GGAAGAGGUCAGACUAAAACCAACAUGUUGAAACCUGGACUUUGACUUGGGGUGAGGCUGCCACAUCAGCAGGAAGCAAGAAAAUCAUGGCGGCUGCACCGUCUAGUUUGGGGACACAUUUCAAGGAAGAACUGUCCUGCAGCAUCUGCCUGGAGCUGUUCACCAGGCCCAAGGUGCUGCCAUGUGGACACAUAUUCUGUCAGGACUGUCUACAGGACCAUGCAAGAAGACAACUGCCUCUCUUGUGCCCAAUCUGUCGUCGGCAGGUCAGACCACCACCCCAGGGGUUCGCAGGUUUGCCCGACAGUCACAUCAUAGCCAGUAUGUGUGAGAGACUCCAACAGCAGGCUACACUGUCAGGGGAAACAAUCGAGCAACCCCAGUCUGCAAACAGGUGCAGUUCUCACCCUUUUGAAGAGCUCAAAGUGUACUGUAUACAAUGCCAGGUACGAGUGUGCGAUCAGUGUUUAGAAGAAACUCACGAUGGCCAUGGCACAACAUCCAUAAAAAAAGCUGCACAGGAAAGAAGCUCCACAGUCCAAGCAUUGGUCAAUGAGGGGAGGAACAUCGUGGAAAGUUACUUAAGCUUCCUCAGAAGUCUGAGGGAAGAAGAAAAAACCCUGAACGAAAAGAAACAGCAGAGAGACAACAACAUCAUUCAGGCCUACAACCAAAUGGUGCAGAAACUCACCCAGAGAAAAGACCACCUCUUGGCUGAAUCAGAAGAAAACCAUACAAAAAACUUGGACAGAAUACAUACUGAAAGGGACCAAGUGUUGGCAGAUAUCAAUGAACUGUCUGCUGCCUGUGCUCGAGCAGAACAAGAACUGCAGCAGGGAUGGGUCGAGUUUCUCAGUCAGCAAACCGCUCUGACAGAGGUGGUAGGAAAGUACAGAGAAAAAGCAGCACCAACUCCUGUACAAACCCAGCCUGCUGUCUUUCAGCCCACAGACACCCCCGUGCCAGUAUUGGGACAUGUGACGGUCCAGUCUCUCCCAUCUGCACCAAUCCCAGCAGCACCUGCAGCAAGGAGCACAGGUCAUCACCAUCGUAACCAAAGGCAAGGGGGGCGUCAGCCUCAGAAGGUGACAUUUGGUGGGUAUGGAUCAGGAACAGGACAGUUCAUGGGUCCAUGGGGUGUUGCAGUGUCAGAUGAAGGGGAGGUCUUUGUAGCAGACUGGGGGAACCAGAGAAUCCAAGUCUUCGCCCUACAGGGAACGUUUGUCCCACUGUUUCCAACAGUCGUGUCAGCUGGACAGGAGAUGCAGCCAACAGAUAUGGCCAUGGACGGGAAGGGGAACCUGUGGGUGGUGGGGUGGACAGACUCUGCUCACUUUGCUGUGCAGUACAACAAACAGGGCAGGGUGCUGAGGAAGUUUGACCUACAGAAGACAGGGUGGGACAGAGGAGUUGCAGUGGACACCAGGAGGAACCACAUCCUCAUCACACAAACCACAGGAGACUGGGGCAACACACAUGGUGAAGUUUUGGUGUUCAGGCCAGAUGGGACACUUGUGGGAACUGUGGGUCAGCAGCAGGGGAUGAGGUUCUCACGGUACAUCACUGUGGACAAGGAAGGGAACAUUCUUGUGUCAGACAUAAACAAUGCCUGUGUCUAUGUGUACAACGAGGAUGGACAGUUUCUGUUCCAGUUUGGAGGUUUGGGAAGUGAUGAAGGUCAGCUGAAGGAUCCCCGUGGCAUCUGUACAGACAGGGCAGGGAACAUCAUCGUGGCAGACACGGGAAACAGCCGUGUGGAGAUGUUUGACAAGACAGGAAAAUUCCUCAAACACAUCACUACAGACAUGGAGAGGCCAUGUGCUGUUGCCAUGGCAACACAGGGACAGCUGGUAGUAACUGAUGAUGAAGACCACAGUGUCAGCAUACUCCAGAACAUCUGA